AUGCUCGCCAUGUUCAUAGCAGCGGGUCAGCCUACCGGCAACGGCUCGACAGCUGCCAAGCCCAAACUGGAGCCGAACGGAGACGACUUUGACGCAGAGAUCACUAGCCAUACUCAAGCUGUGAACGCCAGGACCAUCACCAUCACAAGCAACUCAAGCAGCAACAGCGGCGACGGCAUUUUUAGAUCCAAUCAACGCCACAGCGAGUCAUCCAGCGCCGCGGCUCAACUUCAAUAUUACAAUAACGAGACCGCCCUGCCUCGUCACAUCCGACAGCUCCUCGCAAAGGACUACAAGAUUAGCCAUAAGGAGAAGCCUGGCGAGAACACUUUCCUAUAUAUUGGAUCAGGGUGUUUCGUCUUUGCAGGCUUGCCACUCUACCUCCGGGGCAUCAACCCCUUCCGUCCCAGCUUCGACUCCACCCCGGAUCAGCACCCAGACUUUAAACCAACUGCUCGGGGAAACUGGGCCUACCCGACCAUCACCGAUUACAUCCCCAAGCAGGCACAGGUCGACGCCUUGACUAAGGCGGUAACGGUUUUCAACAACGACAAGUCGGAGGUCUUUAUGUCCGACUGGGACAAAAUAAGAGUCAUUAAGGCUCUUCAUGCGACGCCGACGGCCUCGCAGCGACGCGGGGACCUGUCCUCCUAUGGACAGUGUCGACGAUUCCGCGACGCUGUCAAGGCUGGCCAAAAGCCGGUGUUCCUGGAUGCAAUCACAGGAAGUUCAUCUACAACUUGGCCCCCCCCUGGCCGCAUGGGGAACCGGCACCCACAAGUGGACGGAAGCGGUCCAAUUUUUGAUGUCGCACGCUUCCGAUGA